CAGUUCACUCGUGAUUAAUCGCUUUAAUGUCACAGUUCACUCGUGAUUAAUCGCUUUAAUGUCACAGUUCACUCGUGAUUAAUCGCUUUAAUGUCACAGUUCACUCGUGAUUAAUCGCUUUAAUGUCGUAGAUGGAUAGAUCGAUAUCAUAAUGACACUUUUUACAAAGCAGAAUAAAUGAGUGCCUGUAACAUACAAUAAUAUGAUUACAGAAAGUGCUCUUAGUUUGACUAAAGUUAAAUAAACGUUCGGGACAUGGCUGGGGAAGAGAAAAAGGUCAAAACGAACAUUAAAGUGAUAAUUAGUGUUGAGGAAUGAACAGGGGAAGCAUUGUUAGUUUCAUGUUCAGCUCGGUCACAAUCCAGCGCGCGCAGAAAGAACAAGACGUUUCAUUAAGGGAAAGAAAAGGAGUUUCCUUUCUUGAUAUAAUGAGCGGCUGUCAUUCUGAGAGGAAGUGAUUCUGAGAGGUCAACAGCACGCAGUCUUAUUCUGAAAGAACAGGAAGGAGAGGGAGGGACUAAAUAAAAGCAGCAAGAAAAAACACUACCUGACCAGAAGGGAGCGGAGCUCGGAGAAGAAGACAAGUUGAGGACUUGUGGACUGAGGAAGGAGAAGUUGUAGGAGGCACAGGAGGCGACGGAGUUUCAUGUCACUGGAAGACGAGGAGACAUAGAAGGAGACAGAAAAGGACAUGAAGUUAGAGCAAGGUUUUUGAAGCACAUGCAUGCAGAAGAAGAAGAGGGUGAGGUUCAGUCUGCAGCAGAAGACAUUAAACAAAUCUGUAAUAACAUCUGUCUGUUCAUCACAUAUCUGUCCAACAGUUCACUCUGCAGCUUUCAAACUCAGCAGGUGACUCGGUCAGCGCGAGCGCUAGUGUGCGAGGUCAGUCUCUCUGAGAGUCAACACAACACAGAAGCAACUUUCUUUUUGAUCUCUUUUUCCACAGCAAAGAAAAAAGAACGCUAAUCUUGCGAUAAAAAAAAUCCGGGGACAUCAGGAGACAUCAGGAGACAUGUGAGACAACAGGAGACAACAUGAGGUUCUAAAGUCAAAUGUUCUCCUGUGACAAAAGGCCUAAAAACUUCCAGUGACGUGAAACCAGUUUUUAUUUGCUAGGCUUCUUGACUCACCUUCAAAGUAAAUACCUGAGAUUAAAACACACCUGAGUCUGAGUGAGACGUCAGACGUGAGACAUGCAACAGCAGCAGCAGAAAGGAAAGACGUCCAUAUAUGGUCCAGACAGGUGUGAGACGUGAGACUGAAGUCAUUUACAGCUGUGCCGGGACACGACUGGACGGAGCUGCAGAGACACAGACGACGUCUGACACAGACAGAGGGGCGGACGCAGUGUGUGAGACAGACAGAGAAAAGGACACAGAGAGGGACAAAGGACACUGAGGAAACAAUGCUGCAGUGGAGGCGAGAGACAGACGGUGAGGGACGGUGUAACAGGGCAGUGAUCGUGUCUGUGGGACGCUUUCACCCCGGGGUCGACCUCUGCAAGAGACCAGGGGCUGAAAAAGACGCCAAGAGACUCCACCGCACCCUGAGCAAACUGGGCUUCAGGGUGGACGUCCACAGUGACCUGAGCGGAGAGGACAUCUACCAGCUGUUUGACAGAGAGAGCAGGCGUCCAGUGAAGGACUGUUUCCUGUCCGUCUUGUCGUCUCACGGUGAGGACGGCUGCGUGUUUGGAGCUGACGGUGAGCCAGUGUGGCUCUCCAGAGUCUUCUCCUGUUUCAACAACCAGCUCAUGGAGAAGCAGGCCAAACUCUUCCUCAUACAGGCGUGUCGAGGACACGAGCUGGACAACGGCGUGGAGGUGGAUUCAGUGAGUGACGCACACUCAAACAACUUCUCUACACAACUUCAUGUUCCUGUGGAUACAACUGUGAUGUACGCAACUACUGCAGGUCACGGGGCCUUCAUGCACCCUCUGGGUUCCGUGUUCCUGCAGACGUUCUGCUCUCUGCUGGAGAGCGAGGGGAACCGUGAGCUGGAGCUGCUGCGCCUGCUGACCCGCCUGUCCCACCGCGUGGCCUACACCUUCCAGGCCAAAGGUCACAUCCUGGGCGGGAAGAAGGCCAUGCCGUGCCUGGUGACCCGGCUGACCCGGGACGUCUUCCCGUUCGCCGACCCACAGAAGAAAGACGCCGAGGGGGCGGGGCUUAGGGCCACGUCACUGGUCGACUCUGACAAAGGCAGGAAGAGAAGUCCGUCCAUCAGUUAGUGGGCGUGUCUGUGACUGUGAGGGGAGAGGCGUGAUGAUGAUGGUGUGUGAGUGUGUGUGUGAGUGUGUGUGUGUGUGUCCAGUCCCUGUGCUGUAAAUGAUAGUUAAGGUAAAGUUAAGGUUAGAUCAGCAGUAGUUAUAGUUAAGGUUAGAUCAGUAAUAGUUAUAGUUAAGGUUAGAUCAGUAGUUAAGGUUAGAUCAGUAGUUAAGGUUAGAUCAGCAGUAGUUAUAGUUAAGGUUAGAUCAGUAGUUAUAGUUAAGGUUAGAUCAGCAGUAGUUAUAGUUAAGGUUAGGUUAGAUCAGUAGUUAUAGUUAAGGUUAGAUCAGUAGUUAUAAUUAAGGUUAGAUCAGCAGUCGUUAUAGUUAAGGUUAGAUCAGCAGUAGUUAUAGUUAAGGUUAGAUCAGUAAUAGUUAUAGUUAAGGUUAAAGUAAAUUUGCAGGAAAUUAAUGCAAGUAAAUGAAAUGUCCUCUGAAGUCAUGGAAGACCAGACUGUGUGUGUGUGUGUGUGUGUGUGUGUGUGUGUGUGUGUGUGUGUGUGUGUGUGUGUGUGUGUGUAAUUGUAUUUAUGUCUCUGUGAGGACAUUCUGUCUGGUCCCCACAACCUUAAAGGGCUUUUUUAGGGUUAAGACCUGGUUUCAGGGUUCUCCAUUAUCACGCACCACAGAUGGAGAACUGAGGGGUUAAAGGUCAGGAUAAGGGGCUAAGAAUUUUUAAUUAUUUGCUUAAUUCAUUAUUUAUUUUAUAUACUAUUUAUUACAACAGCAUUGUUUAAUUUUGUUUUCCAAAACAAACACAUGUUGAUUUUUUGUAAUAGAAUUACAUUUUUUCAGAAUAAAAGUUCUGAAUUCUGUAUGAAAUUGUCUUUUUUUUAAUUAUUUAAAAUCCACUUUGCUCCACUAAUGAAAAUUUAGUGUUUGUCCAGUUUAAUGCUUUUAUUGCAGUGAAGUCGUUAAAAACCACAAAUAGGUCACGUCCUGUUCAUCUGUGCACAAUCAUCACGAAACUCUGCAGACUGCACCUUUAACACAAAAGUGAAAGGAAAACUGUUUGAUCACAAACCUGCUGACUCGUGGUCACAAACCUGCUGACUCGUGGUCGCCACAUCUUACCAGACUGAUAAGAUCGUGAGGUUCAUGGGUCCAGGCUGAUAAACGCCCGCACUUCCUGCUUCCUGCCAGCAGAGGGCGACAGAUAAAAUCACGUGUUUGUGUUAGUGCAGCUGUGGAAUGUGCAGAUGAUGUGAUACACGUGUGUAAUCUAACUAUUUUGAACCUUUUCUUUCAGAUUUCAGUUCUGGAAAUGUAUUUAAAUGUGUGUAUUUUUAAAUUAUGAAUGACUUUGGACAAGAAUUUAAAAAAGAAAAAAGUUAAAAUGAUA